AUGAAGAUAUUGAUGAGAGCAGACACACAUUACAGUAUAGUAGUGAGUGGUAGUGAUUAUGAAAAGCCCAAAUAUACAUUUUCACAGGUAUUAGCAGCAGUGGCUGUGUCUAUGGGCUCAAUGAUAAUUGGGUUUUCAUCCGCAUACACGUCACCGGCACUCGUCACUAUGCAAAACAGUACUAAAAUAUCUGUUACCGCGGAAGAGGCAAGUUGGGUUGGUGGCUUAAUGCCAUUGGCUGCUCUAGCAGGAGGAGUACUUGGGGGCCCCUUAGUAGACUACAUCGGCCGACGCAAGACUAUUCUUUUCACGGCGGUGCCCUUCUUCAUUGGCUGGAUAUUUAUAGCUACAGCUAGAACUGUUCACUUAGUGUUUACCGGGCGAGCCAUAUGUGGACUGUGUGUCGGUAUUGGUUCUCUAGCCUUUCCUGUUUAUUUAGGUGAAACGAUUCAACCCGAGGUCCGCGGUACUUUGGGACUGUUUCCUACAGCUAUUGGAAAUAUAGGCAUUCUUAUAUGCUACGUUGCUGGUAAAUACCUAGAUUGGUCACAGUUAGCUUAUCUUGGCGCGUCUCUUCCUAUACCUUUCUUAUUAUUAAUGUUUAUGAUCCCGGAAACCCCCCGAUGGUAUAUAUCUCGCGGCCGACACGAGGAAGCGCGUAAAGCUUUACAAUGGCUUCGAGGCAGUAAGGCAAAAAUUGAUAAUGAAAUGCGUGAUAUAGCUCUCAGUGAUGCCGAGAUUGACAAAGAUUGUUCAAUUAGAGAAAUGUUAAUUAUAUUUGUUCCCGAGACACGAGGAAAAAGUCUAGAACAAAUCGAAAGCAAAAUGACCGGUAGAAAAGCAAGAACUCGAAGAUUGAGUUCAAUCGCAAAUAUAAAACCACUUCCAAGUGGUUGC